AGGGAGAGGAAGGGGCACGUGGUUCCAGCCGUCGUCACGCGUCCCGACCCCUCCCUCCCCGUCUAAAACGCCGUGUUAGGACGCCAACCCGGCCGCACCCGCAGUUUCAUACUCUUUUACGUCUUAUAAAGAAAAGCAAAACUUUGGUCAGAAUCCUCUCGACCUCACUCUCACCGGGCUAUACACUAGAUCCGGCUCUCCAAGAGAGCGAGAGGUCGUAGCUCUCUUUGGUGCUCUAAUGGCGAGGACCAGUCCGUUCCUCUCGCGCGCGUUACCGCCUCCUACUGUUCUCCUGUUUGUUCUGGUAGUCUCUGGCUGGUGCGGUGUUGAGGCGUCGGUCCACGACUACAAAGGGGAGGGGUUCAGAAGCCAGGGCAAUGCCUUUAUCCUUCACGGCGGCAGCGAGGGCCUCUACGCCUCCCUCCCCUCCGCCAACUCUUCGGCCUCCUACGGCGCCUCCUUCAUCCGAUUCGAACAGAUCACUUUCAGAAUACCAAAGAAAGCUGCUGCAAAGGAGAAACAUGAAAGCCCUUGGACAGUCAAAGCCAUUGUUUUUGAGGUACAAGAUCGAGAGGCAAUUGGUGGCUCGGCCUAUGGUGGUCAAAGAGCCAUUUGCUGCACACCUGAUCUAGCAAAAAUAGGUGCCUGUACGGAAGGCACAGUCAUCUACCGUCUCUCUACCCACAGCCCUGGUUGGCCACAAGUAUUUACUGUUUCCUUUAAGGAUGGCGAUCUUGAGGCAACACUACCACCGCAAACCAUACAGAUCACAAAAACUGGGAUGUAUAACCUCUAUUUCAUUUACUGUGAUCCUGCACUUGAUGGACUCGUAAUAGAGGGGAAGACCAUAUGGAAGAACCCUACUGGUUAUCUACCAGGAAGGAUGGCUCCUCUCAUGAAAUUCUAUGGAUUCAUGUCUCUUGCCUUUGUAGUUCUUGGCGUGUACUGGUUCUCUCAAUAUGCAAAGUUUUGGAGAGAGGUUAUGCCACUUCAGAACUGCAUAACACUAGUCAUUGCUUUGGGGAUGCUUGAAAUGGCAUUAUGGUAUUUUGAAUAUGCUGAAUUUAAUGAAACUGGAAUCCGACCAAAGGGAAUUACAUUCUGGGCAGUAACAUUCGGUACUGUUAAACGAACAGUCUCGCGUGUGUUGAUCCUUGUUGUCUCCAUGGGAUUUGGUGUUGUGAGGCCUACUCUGGGUGGACUCACUUCUAAGGUUGCACUGCUUGGAGGAACAUUUUUACUUGCAUCAGAGGUUCUUGAAUUGGUGGAAAAUGUUGGUGCUGUAAGCGAUCUUAGUGGAAAGGCAAGAUUGUUCUUGGUUCUCCCAGUGGCAAUCUUGGAUGCAUUCUUCAUAAUUUGGAUAUUCAUUUCUCUAUCCAAAACUCUUAGCAAACUGCGGACAAAACGGAUGACAGCCAAGCUAGAUGUCUACAGGAAAUUUACAAAUGCGUUAAUUGUUGCUGUUGUCGUAUCUGUUGGUUGGAUUGGUUAUGAGAUAUGCCUAUUCUGAUGAUGGAAGUGAGGAGUUCGACCGAGAGGAUGUCCUUUCACUAAUUAAGCCAGGACCAUUUACUUCCAAAGAAAGCUGGAGCUUUUCUGUGUCACCUGAUGCCAAAAUGCCUCUGGGAGUCAAUACUGCCACAUCACAAAACGGAGAAACUGAAGAAGACAAAAGGGAGUAGCAAAGACUUGUUCGUUCUGACUUGCAUUUUCUGCAGCCUAAACAGGUCCUAGCCAUCCAUCAGCAAGUGCCAAAAUUGAUGACAUGUUGUGUUUGAUCUUUCAGAGGGAAAACAGAGUCUGCUGAUUUUAGUUAUUGAAGGAAUUACCGCAUGACGAUAUAAGCAUCGGUUGUGUCUUCUUUUCCAAUCUCUUUUCUAUUUUAUCCUUCUCCCUUUGAUCGUACAACAAUCUCAUAAGUGAGCCAUAUGAAGUCGUGCGGCUCAUUUCGAGGAAUGAAUUUAUACCACAGCAACAGAUAGACUUAAUGUGUUUCGCUUGCUAUGGUAUUUGACAUUGUGCUUAUGGAUGAAUAUGGCAUCAUAGCUUGUUUUGUCAA